AUGGCUAGGACUCGUAAAAGGAAGACUCCUGUGGUCAGCGCAAGCGAGGGGCGCCCGCUCGCGUCGGCGAACAAGAGUUCUAGCAGAGCUGUGAUCAGGAGAUUCCAUUACCUACUCAGAAGUAAAGUCCAGCUCGAAAAGCAGAAGGCUAGUCCAGCCAAUUCGCAAGCCCUGGCCGAAAUAGACCAGGAAAUAGCGAAUCUUGGCGGGUUGGACGCGUACCAAAAGAUGUCCACUAUCGGCCAGGGCAGUGAUCGAGGAGGAGGGAGCGAAAAGGUGUUCAUCCAGUGGUUGAAGGAAGAAGGUUUGAACAAUAUCGGAGUGAAGUCUAAAGUCAAAUUGCUGGAGGUCGGUGCACUGAAACCCGACAACUAUGCUUCUUGCUCUUCGUGGAUCGAAGUUACACCCAUCGACCUCCACUCUCAGCAUCCCUCCAUCCGCGAACAGGACUUUCUUCAAAUGGACGAAGUCGAGCACGCAGAAAAAUGGGACCUAAUAAGUCUAAGUCUGGUCCUCAAUUUCGUCCCCGACGCUCAUGACAGAGGUCGCAUGCUCAGGCUUGCUCGUACUAUGUUACGGCCGGAUGGCUUGCUUUUCCUCGCGCUUCCUCUGCCCUGUGUUCGUAAUUCUCGGUACCUCACAAUGGACCACCUCAGAGCCCUCAUGAAUGCACUCGGUUUUGCUGAAAUAAAGAGCCGGUGGAAAGAUGGCGGUAAGAUGGCUUACUGGCUCUAUCGCAAGAGUGCGCCGGACUCUCAGGAGCAGGAGCGAUUCCGCAGGAAGACCGUGCUGCUCCAGGGCAAGCGGAAUAACUAUGCAAUCCUGUUGUAACGCCAGCCAGUGCCAGCUUUUCAGAAUCGC